AUCUCUUUCAAGAAGCGGACAACACUGGUCAUCGAAGGGAUAUCGACAGCACACCUUGUCAAUUUCAGGUUUCACUCGGAUUUCUGCUCUAGAAAUGGCGCGCAUUUCUAUUUUGAUUAUUCUCGUUGCCCUGUGCUGCAUGAACACCAUUGAAGGAAGGUCCUUUCGAGAGCUCUUCCGCCAAGUUUUUGAAGAGGUUGAAUAUGACAAGUUAGUUCUAGUCAACACUUGGGGGCCAUCUUUUUGUGAGAAGGCAAAUUGCGAAAUCAUUAGUACAUACAAGAAGAAUUGGACCAUCCACGGGCUAUGGCCGUUUAAGAGCAAUAUGAAAAACACCCCCAUAGACUGCACUGGGGAGUUCAUUAAUGAUGAGAUCAAUGAUAUACGUAAUGAAAUGAACUUGAAAUGGCCGACCUACAAGAAAGGUGGAAUCAAAAUUAACUUCUGGAAACACGAGUAUGAAAAACAUGGAACGUGUAUGAAUGAUCUGGAGACAUUCAACAGCCCCAUGAAGUAUUUCAAAAAUACUAUAAAGCUGUUUGAUAAGUACAACAUCAAAAAAAUCUUAGCGGACGGUGAUAAUGCUAUACGACCUUCAGAUACUCUCAAAUAUCCACUUGCCUACAUCACUAACGCUCUCAAUAAGGGGCUGGGUGUCGAUCCCGCUGUCUACUGUGUGGAGAGGAAGAAGAUCCAGUACCUGUGGGAGAUACGCAUGUGCUUCAACAAGAUACUAAACCCCAUCACCUGCGGGGCAUCACUGGUAGGAGGGGGUAAAUGUAACCCCCUCAAGAAGGUUCUUUACCCCACAUUCGAGAGCAAAAUCGAGAAGGGACCACCAUCCGGUCCAAAGUUCAUGCACGAUAUCGCGAAGAUGAUUGGAAGAGAGAUGAUGAGGAUGAAUGAAGAGGAGGAGGAGGAGGAGGAGGAGGAGGAGACAGAGCUGUGGGAGAACUUCAUGGAGGAUGGCAACGCUGAGUUUAUGGUAGAAAACCCGUUCCGUCAGAAUUCCACUGCAUUGUAACGGAACGUCAACUGAAAUGGACAGCCGAAGAAAAAAGUUUGUGAGACUGCAACUUUAUCAUUUUAGACUAUGUCUGGGUUAAUGGUUUCAAUUUUUAAACUUAUUGCUAGGUCAAAAUAGCGAAAUUACAUGCAACAAAAAGAAUGGGGUUAAAUACGGGAUUCUAUAAAAUGGACGAGUAUGAAUGGUAACUGGAUGAGCAAAUCUUUCCUUGGAUAAACAGUUUGAUAUAAAAAUCAGUAAAUUGUAUAAGCAGUAAUGUAACACACAUGACAAACAAAGUCUGGUUUCAUUUAUUUAUUUCCCUUUUAAAAUGAAGAUAUCUAAACAUGAUCGAAGUACAUAUCAAUUCAAUAAUUACAUAAAACAAUGUAAUGAGAUUGGAUAAAACGGAAAAAUAGAAAUACUGGAAAUGAUAUCGGAACGUUGUUUGUUUAAAUGGAUUCAUGAAACGGAGGGGCAUGCUAAAGAAACAAUGAUUGUAUGGUGCAAGGUUUCAUCGGGUAAAAGGGCGCCAAAUUCAGUUUCAAAUAUCUAUCUUAGAUUCACAUCUGUAACAUCUAUUAUAAAGUAAGAUCUUGUUUAGGCCUUUCUAGCUAUUCUCUAUUGUGUCUGUAUUUCAAGUUAUCUUGUUGAUCUGACAUGACAUCCAGAAAAUCAGUUUAAGAACAGUAUGGGAAUAUGUGCAAUAUUAAACAAGCUUUAUAGCAUGACGGUCCUUUAAAGUUUAGUAUUACAUUUAAAAUAACUAAAUUGCUAUCGUAGGUCUAAAAAUACCGAUAUGUAAUGAUAGGUUAUCAAUUGUAUUUACUAGAAAAAUCAAGAAAAAUGGUGUAACAGUUAUGGGUAUGCAAAUUUUACUUUUGAAUAUUCAAGAUUUCUAUGUGGUCUUCUAAAGAAUAAACCUGUUUACUGACAUAUGCAAAUUUCAUGCAAAUGAAAUAACAGGUUAAUGGAAUAACAUCCAUAAAUUUGUUAGUACAUCGGUGUUAUAAAACGUAAUUUAUUCUGAGGUAAUUAACUUGUUUUUUAUCAUUUGUAUUUCUGAAUUUGUUAUUUGAUGUGUUGGUUUGUAGAAUGAUGGUAGUAAUUUGAAUUUUCAAUCGCCCGGCCUAACAUAGGUCAUUUAUCUAUUUCUUGUAUCAUUAAUGAUAAAAUAAAGCAUCGCAAUUUGAGGAUCAAAA